CGGGGAGCGCCGGGAAGCGCCGGGAAGCGCCGGGAAGCGCCGGGAAGCGCCGGGAGCUUACCAGAGAAGAUCAAGAUGAGUCUACGGAAGCAAACCCCCAGUGACUUCCUAAAACAAAUCAUUGGAAGGCCAGUUGUUGUAAAAUUAAAUUCUGGAGUUGAUUAUCGAGGUGUCCUGGCUUGCCUGGAUGGAUAUAUGAACAUAGCUCUGGARCAGACUGAAGAAUAUGUAAAUGGACAGUUAAAGAACAAGUAUGGGGAUGCAUUUAUCAGAGGAAAUAAUGUGUUGUACAUAAGCACCCAGAAGAGGAGGAUGUGAAGAUGCCAGAAGGAGGCUGUUUUUUGUACUUGCAAACCUCUUUGAAGUGAUGAGCCCUAUUUGAUUUAUAGUUCAAAAUCCACAGGUGAAAUACACAAGUGUUUAAAUAUUUUUUUUAAAUAAAUGUAAACAAGUGUAAA